AUGAAUAUCCGAUUGAAAAACCCAGAAACUAGAGAUACCUCGUCAUUCGGCUACUUCUUCUCCACAGAUGUGCUCCUCCUGCAGUUCAUUGGUGCCUCUUCCAUCGUUGACAUAUUCAAGGAUUCACCACGACAAGAGCGAUGGUGGGAAGUCAUUGCCUUCAUCUUCGGCAUCACCAUUCCGAGUUUUGUGCUGUUCUGUGAAUUCGUGAGUGUAUAUUUGGCAGCUCAGAAGGAUCUCAAUUACAUGGUUGAAGCCUUAACAGCGACCUUCUCAGGUCUGCUGAGCAUCAUGAAAGGGAUACGACUGUGGACUCACAGAGUUGAGAUUUAUAAUCUUUUGCAUGAUCUGUCGAAAUUGUGGGAGUCAGCAAGACAGAAUGACCUCGUAACGUUGGACAUGAUUAAAACGGCUGAAAGAACCAAACUCAUUCGGUUCUAUUACUGCUGCGUUGUUAUUAUCCUUGCGUUAUCUUAUUGCCUCCGUCCGUACAUAUUACUCAUCAGUCACUGCUUACGCAACACCAACGAAACCUACGAUUUCUCUAUAUCGAUUUAUCCCGCGACUUAUCCGUUCUUCUACGGAGAAUACACACGGUAUCUGAUUUGUCUCGGUUAUGAAGUAAUCGUUAUGAUUUGCGUUAUAUCUUAUUGGAUUACGUGUGAUGGUCUCUUCGCUCAAAUUACAAUGCAUCUGUCGUUGCAAUUUGAAAUAUUGGCUGAGGAGCUGGCGCGAAUCGGUAGGAUCGAAACGAGUCAAGUCAAGGAUGAUGACGAUGCUAGGAGGCUAGCUGCUCUUGCUGAAAGACACAGUGAUAUGUUUUCACAUUGCUUUGUAGCUGAGGAGUUCUUCAAUCCGAUAAUAUUUCUAACUGUUUUGAUUAAUGGGGCUCAUUGUUGCUUCUGUGUGUACAGCUUGGAGAAGGAAAUAUCAAACGGAAAUUUAAACGAGAUAAUGAAGAAUCUUUUUCACACAAUGGCGCUUUCCGGACAAACAGUGGUAUAUUGUGGUUACGCUGAUCGUCUGACUUAUCAGAGUGCAAAAAUCAGUGACGCUAUUUAUAAUUCCCAUUGGAUGGAUAAGAGUAAAAAAUUCAAGUUGACAUUACUGACAAUGCUGAUGCGUGCACAGAAGGAAUAUGUGUACACAUCGUAUGGUCUCAUUACCCUCAAUCUCCAGCGAGUAACAACGAUCGCCAACGCUGCUAUGAGGUACUUCACCCUCUUACGAAGCAUGCCGUAGCAUCAUUCGAUUGAACGACCUUCAUUACUCUUACAAUCCAUCGUAUGAUGAAAGGAAUGAUCAAUUUGCCCCGCCAACAGCACUGAUUAACCCGAAUGAGAAAUUCCAUCGAGAUAAUCGACUAAUUAUUUACAGCCACUUUGAUUGACCUUUCCUUUUGAUUACUGAUACAUAACUACAAAAGAACGUUAUGUCUUCAAUCAUCACGAAGAUGCAUUCUCAUAUUCUUGGAACAAUUACCCGAGUGCGCAGAUUGUUUUA